UUUCAAGAUCAGCCAUGGUUGGCUAAGUGCUGCCACCUGCUGUGGUUUCUUCAACAAAAACGAGUAAGGUUAGUCCAGCAAAACAUGUUCCUGACAAUUCUGGUAAUUACUGCUUUCUGGUAAUUACUGCUACUGUUUUCAAGGUGCUUAGAGAUUGAUCUCUAGAAUUUUCUCAGGUAUCAAUGUCAGACUAAAUGAAUUGUAGUAGAUUUGUUUUUGUUUUUGUUUUAAUUACAGGGUCAGUAUUUGCUGUUCUUCAAUCAUCUGGCAUCUACCAUUCUCUACCACUUCUCUGUGAUAAUAUAUACAGGUUCAACCAAUAAAUCCUCAGAAUACAAACAUUUGGAAGAAAUGUUGUUGUAGCUGGAAGAUCGAAAAAUGUUGGAAUGCCUAUUUCAAUGCUUCUACAUACUGAUGGAGAACAUGAAAGGCCUGGAGGUGAUGCUACCGUGACAAUAACUCAUAGAUACACGCCAAAAGAUCAGCUGAUGAUCCAUACACAGCUUGCAGACAUUGUAAUAGUUGCUGCAGGUAUUCCAAAGCUAAUUACUUCUGAUAUGAUUAAAAGAGGAGCAGCAGUGAUUGAUGUUGGUAUCAACCACAUUCAUGACCCUCUCACAGGAAAGACAAAGUUAGUGGGAGAUGUAGACUUUGAAGAAGUAAAGAAGAAAGCUAGCUUUAUCACCCCUGUCCCAGGAGGUGUAGGACCAAUGACAGUUGCCAUGCUCCUGAAGAAUACCUUAAUUGCUGCAAAGAAAUUGAUUUACUAAAAUGUACAAAUUGAAGUAAUUCUAUAGUUAUAUAAACAUUUAUUUUUGUUACAAAUGUAUUUAUUAAAAUGUGUUUAUUCAUGUCAGAUUAUUGAGAAGAGAUUUAUUUCCAAAACUGUUACAAAAAUGUGUACUUACAAUGGAAUAUGCAUUUACUGAUUUAAGGUAUGAAUUGGUGUAACUUCUAUGCAUAACCCCAGUCUAAAUGUUUGGUUCAUGUUAGAGUUGUGCUGUUUUUGCAAAAGUGUAUUGUCAGCUGGAUUUGCAAGUAAAACCAAAACCUGGGUCUGAGUUUCAGAUGUAUAAUGCAACUCCAGCGAAGAAGAAUAAAGGGCUCAUAAUCCAGUCAUAUUAUGCACAUGGGUGUGGGGACAUUCAAAUGAAUAUCCAGGACUGUGACAGAUGCUUAACAGAAAUGAAUCAAGAGUUUAUCUCUGGAAAUAAGGGUUUUGAUGACUGAAUAUAUUGUUAUGUUCACAAUUGCAAAAAAAUGAAAUAAAUUGUGUACAAAUUUUAAGAAUAUGUUCAUUAGAUGCUUUUGAUCUAAUCCUGACUGAGAUACGUAUUUAUGUAGAAAGGAAAAUGUCAUUCAAAGGAAAUGGCUGUGUUUCCAAGCAGUCUUCAUCUACCUCUAGUUGGUUUUUUAUAUUCAGGAACUAGACAUUGAUCAAGUAAGUUAACCCUAUUUAACUCACAGAAGCAUCAUUCCCUUAUGAGUUUCUGUCUCAGAGGUACAGUAGUUUUGAUUAGUGUUACAAGUCAGAAUGAAUGUUCAGAUAGAAUACCUGUGAUUGUUGCAAAUAAAGCAUAUUAUAAAUUUUUUGGUUGAUCUUAUGUUGUUAGGAGCCCAACCAGACACUUAGCUACAUUCCUUCAUUCAGUUCCCAGAAUAAAGC